CAAAAAUCCGAAAAUCCCUCACCAAAAACACCAAAAAAAAACAAAAAAUUUUCCAGCUCCAUGGCACCGAAAAGGGGAAGAGCUUCUUCCUCAAGAGCUCCAAGGGCUAUCCCACCGGUCGACGGCUUCGAGGAGGUGGAUCUUGCAUCCGAGGCACAACGCACCCGCUUUCUCGAACAAUCCGAAAGAGAGGCAUUAUUGGUCAUAUUCUCGUUUAAUGUACGAAUUCUACAGUUCCGUUGAGCAUGUGAAAGAUGAAAAUGAUUACACCAAUAACACGAUCAACUUUCAAAUGCUCAAUGAGAACCAUUCACUCACUAAAAGAGAAUUUGAUGAGCACUUCGACCUACCCUGGC